AUGAAGAAGGCUUGUUCCACAAGGUGGUUGAGUUUUGACAGGUCUGUAGCUGCCCUGCAUCAAGAAUAUGAGGCUGUCCUUCAUACACUUAAAGCUCUGGGUGAGGAUGGAUGUGCUACAGCUCAUGGUCUGUUUAACAGGCUGAAAGAGGGAAAGUUCCUUGGAGUGCUUUUUAUUUUGAAAGACGUCCUGCCAGUCCUGUCUCAUCUUUCAAAGGCAUUUCAAGGAGGAUCAGUGGCAUUCUCUCAAGUGGUUCCACUGAUAAAUGCAACCAAAGCCAGUCUUGAAGAGCUAUUGGAAACUAACUCGCCAGUGCAGAAGUUCCUAGCUGUUCUUCAGUCAUAUACCCACAUCUGUGAAGACAUCAAGGUCUCUGCUGCACAACAACAACAGCUGACAACAGCAAAUGUUGGUGCUAUGCCCCUAGCAUGGUUACCGUAUAUGUUAUGUUUUUACUAUGUGACAAAUGAGUAA